AUGCCAGUCAUAGUCCCUCACCGAUUUCGACGAAAGCUUCGUUCCAAGCUUCGCAGCAGACAGUCUCCUGCGUCCUCUCUCGCCUCGUUGCAGACCUCUUUUUCGCCAGCGGACACUCUUCGUUCUUUGCGCGCUCAUCGUUGGUCAUAUAAUGAUGGACAAUAUCUUCUUUUAAUCAUAAUCGGCAUCUUCUCGCUUUGCGUCAUCGAGACUAUUGGACCGAUGGCAAAGACUUUAAUCUCAACCCUCCUGCUCACUUCUCUCAUUCUCCCUGUCACGCGGCAGUUCUUCCUCCCUUUCCUUCCCAUCGCCGGCUGGCUCGUCUUGUUCUACGCUUGUCGAUUUGUGCCUGGUGAAUACCGCCCUCCGAUUUGGGUCCGAGUGCUGCCCGCACUCGAGAACAUCCUUUACGGCGCAAAUCUCAGCAAUAUCAUGUCUGCGCACCAGAGCGUUGUUUUGGACGUGCUCGCCUGGCUUCCUUACGGUAUCAUGCACUAUGGCGCUCCUUUUGUGGUGUCUAUAAUCAUAUUCGUCUUUGCCGCUCCUGGCACACUGCCCGUCUUCGCGAGGAGCUUUGGUUACAUGAAUCUCACCGGCGUGGCUAUUCAAUUGCUCUUUCCGACAUCCCCGCCAUGGUAUGAGAACCUUUACGGCCUCGCUCCCGCAAACUAUUCAAUUCACGGCUCGCCUGCUGGCCUUGCGCGGAUUGACAAGCUCUUUGGCAUUGAUCUUUACACCUCCGGUUUCACUGCAUCUCCGCUCGUCUUUGGUGCCUUCCCUUCGCUGCACGCGGGGGCGGCUACCAUCCAGGCCUUAUUCUUGAGUCAUAUUUUCCCUCGCCUACGACCACUUUUUGUCUUCUACACUCUCUGGAUUUGGUGGGCGACAAUGUACCUUUCCCACCAUUACGCAGUCGACCUUGUCGGCGGAAGUUUAGUGGCAAGCGUCGCCUUUUAUGUGGCCAAGGCCAACUGGCUUCCCCGGUACCAGCCUGACAAGCUCUUCCGGUGGGAUUACGAUUACACCGAAGUGGGUGACGUCCCGGUGGGAUAUGCCUACGGCUUGGCGGAUAUUGAGGCCGACUUCCAUCCCGCCGGCUCGGACAGUGACGAGUGGACCAUUGGUUCUUCGACAUCAAUUUCUUCUGGAGCUGCCAGCCCGGUUGACGAGGGCCAGUCGCUGUGGGAAGGCGACACUCUCGCAUCCCACUCGGAUUCGGAGCCUGGCCGAUAG